CUAGCCCAAACCAAUCAGCUGACCCUCAGGUGAGCUAAGCCGGAUGGUAGGGUCCGCCACCAUGAGGCUGUAAAUACAUUUGUGAGGGGAGGGCACCCUCUCUGAGCUGCCUGACCACCUGGGGACUUCCAGCUGCUGGGACAGUAGAAGACUUAUGACUAUGCUGUUAACGUUUGCAGCCCGGCUCAAGUAGAGUUCACUCGAAAACAGAAUCACAGCUUCACAAGAGAUCUCUGCUCUCCACAGAGCAACAGCCUAUUAAAGGAACCCACCUGGCUCCUCCUGCUCCUGCUCCUCUCCGGUGGGUAUCCCCGGGCCAUGCUUGCGUGGAGGAGGCUCUGCUGGCGCUAUCACUUGUGGACCGUGGGCUGCUACGUGCUGCUGGCCAUCGUGGCUCUGAGACUCUCCCUAAGGCUCAAGUGUGAUUUUAGCCACGUGGAUCUGGACUCCAGGGAGCUUCAGAGCCAGCGCUGCAGGGACGUCUUGUACAGGUCCCUGAAGCUGCCCGCAAACAGGUCCAUCAACUGCUCCGGGGUCACCCGGGGAGAGCGGGAGGCCGUGCUCCAGGCUCUGCUCAACAACUUGGAGGUCAGGCAGAAGCGGCAGCCCUUCACCGAUGACCACUACCUGGCCAUGACCGCCAACUGCGAGCUCUUCAGGACCCAGAGGAAAUUCAUCCAGUUCCCCCUGAGCAGGGAAGAGGCUGACUUCCCCAUCGCCUACUCCAUGGUGGUUCACGAGAAGAUCGAGAGCUUUGAGAGGCUGCUGCGAGCUUUGUACGCCCCUCAGAACAUCUACUGCGUCCACGUGGAUCACAAGUCCCCAGAGUCCUUCGCAAAGGCUGUCAGGGCCAUUGCCUCCUGCUUCCCCAACGUCUUCGUGGCCAGUAAGCUGGUCACAGUGGUCUAUGCCUCGUGGUCCAGGGUGCAGGCUGACCUCAACUGCAUGGAAGACUUGCUCCGAAGCCCCGUGCCCUGGAAGUACUUUCUGAACACCUGCGGGACAGACUUCCCCAUCAAGACCAAUGCCGAGAUGGUCCAGGCCCUCAAGUUAUUGAAAGGCAGGAGCAGCAUGGAGUCGGAGGUGCCCACUGCCUACAAAAGAAACCGCUGGAGGUACCGCUACGUGGUGGGAGGCGCGCUGACCCUGUCCGUCACCGGCCAGGAGAAGACCCCGCCCCCUCACAAUGUCACCAUGUUCACUGGCAAUGCCUACAUAGUGGCUUCUCGAGACUUCAUCCAGCACUCCUUGAACCAUCCCAAAUCCCAACAACUGAUUGAAUGGGCAAAAGAUACCUACAGCCCGGAUGAGCACCUCUGGGCCACCCUUCAGCGUGCCUCGUGGAUGCCUGGUUCUCUGCCCUCACACCACAAGUUUGACACGUCCGACAUGAUGUCCAUUGCCAGGCUGGUCAAGUGGCAAAACCACGAGGGAGACAUCAGUCACGGGGCGCCUUACUCCCCUUGCUCUGGCAUCCACCAGAGGGCGGUCUGCAUCUUUGGGUCUGGGGACCUGCACUGGAUUCUCCAAAACCACCACCUGCUGGCCAACAAGUUUGACCCAAAGGUGGACGAUAACGCCCUGCAGUGUCUGGAGGAGUACCUACGUUACAAGGCCAUCCUCAGGGCUGAGCCGUGAGGCAUCCUGUGUACCAGCCCUUCCAGGCAGGAACAUGA